UGUGCUAUCAUUGGUCGAUGCGAAAGAUGGGAUGUAUGAUGUCAAUUUAAAUGUUAGAAAUUGCGGUUUUUGUAUUUGAACUUCGUUGGAAAUGUUCCGUUUCUAUAUUUAAAUACAAUUGUAUCAAAAACUGUUUAUUCAGGCAGCUGUUGUCAUGUAAAGCUUGAUGGGAGUCACCAUUGAAGCACAUUGGUCUAUUGCGAAUUUUGAUAGGUACUUCGCUAAUUAUCUUCGGCUGUGUGACUUUUUGUUGCUGCACUGCAGAUUAACAGAUGCUGCAUUCUAACAUACAGUUGCUUUUUACGAGAGGGGUUAGGAAAUGGAGAGUGAAUAUGGAGGUACCUGUGAUCAGACAGAACUGAAAACAUUGCUUAAUGAAUUGGAAGUGUCUUAUAAAAUGCAGGAAAAAGAAGCUAAGUACCAUGUGAUCAAACUUCAAGAAGAAAGCUUAAAAGUGAAACAGAUCCUCUCAAAGAUAUCAUUGGUUGUCAGAUCUGCUGAACAGAAAGGAAAUAUUGAAGAUUAUCAAGCACUUUAUAAAAAGGCUAUCGAGGAACGAGAUGAAUAUAAACUGAAAGCUCACAAUCAGGCAUGUGCUAUAAUGAAAUUAGAAAGAGAGCUGUGCAAAAUAAAAAACGGUACCUUGGACAACAAAAACGUUGGUUCAAAUAGUGCAUCAUAUUUGGAUAAGGAAAUUGAUUUUUUGCAUACGGAAAAUGCCUCUCUCAGAAAUGAACUCAAAUGCCUUAAAAACCUUCUAAAUGAUCAAGAGCAUUUGAAGAAAGAACUGUCUGACAGCAACUUGGAGAAUAUUUCUCUUAAAGAACAGAUUGUUAAUAAACAAACAGAGUUAAUGGAAAUGCAGUAUCAGUUUGACAGUAAACUGAAAAAAGUACAGAUAGAAUGUGAACAACAUACAUUAAAUCUACAAAAGAAACUUUCAGAGUGUCAAGAACAACUAACAGAGGCCAAGAUUUCAAAGGAGUUGACAGAGAGUAAUCUGAAGGAGAAAUAUGCAUGUGCAUUGAAUAAAGUGAAAGAAAUGCAGCAGAAGCUUGAGAAAAUAGUUGACGAUAAUGGAAAUGAAGGAUGUAUAGUGGGCUCUCCACCAGACAAGUCUGAAAAUUCAGUCAAGAUGGCAAAUGAAUUUGCUGAAUCAAAUGGUUGUGAACAAACCAAGAUCACCACUGUUAUCACUACUACCAGAAGUAGCAGUAGUACCGUUACUACUACUGAAAAAGUUUUGAAGACCUCUUAUUCAUCAGAAGAUUCCCCAGAGAGGAAUGGUUCAGACAAAAAUUAUAAAAUAAAAUUGAAAAAAGGAGUAGCAGUGUGCCUUUUGGAUGAUGAAGAGCAGCCGGCGGUUAAAGGAGAGGAGAGAUCAGAUGACUGUGAGAAUGAGGAUUUGUCAGAAGAGGAAGUUGAUGAAAUAUGCAUCCUGUUAUGAAACCAACAUAGAAACAGUGCACCAGAAGAAAAUGUAUGUUUUCUGAAGAUGGUUCAACUGAAAGUGCUAUCCUUAUGGAUAGAAAUGUUAGAGCAAGUGCAUCUUGCAACAAUGGAUAACAUUUUUCCCUGUAUGCAUGCACCAAUAUGUGUGUGUGUGUGUGUGUGUGGUAUUAAUUUACCAUAUUACCAUAUGGUAUUAAGAAUAGCUUCAAUAAUGAGGCUGAAUUGAUGAUGCAGACCAUUACAGAAUAUUGUCACUCCUGUCAGAUAAGAGACAGAAGACACAUACUGAUACAUGCAUGAUAAAGAGUGAUGUAGAUAAUGAACAAGUUUAGACACUGUAGAGAGGGGUGGGGGGGGGGGGGGAGAGAGAGAGAGAGAGAGAGAGAGAGAGAGAGAUAAUAUAAAUUUGCUUAUGCUGCAUCAAGAAUUAAUUUUAAAUAACAAAUCGUAAUAAUCCUAAAUAUGUAUCAAUGCAGAAGUUCGUACUGGUGUGUUUGUUAACUACCUGCCCCAGUGGACAGCUUUUGUGUCAGUAAUAGCACAUUAAAAAGUCAGAUGUGUUACAAAUUUGCUAUUCGAGCCAUUGAGAACACUAAAACAGAUGUUGUAAUCUAAUUUUUAAACUAAUCAUGUCAAUGUAGACAUAUUUGUCUUAUUUUUGAUGACAGGCACUUACAUUCAAAACAACCCUUUUGUUUGUGAAGGUUCUGUUCCUUUCAUUCCUUUCUUGUAGUUCAAAAGGACAAGUUUCUCUCAAAUGUUAUGAAAUGGAAGUUCCAUGAUGAAGAUAGGCAAACUUAAAAAACACACAAACUUGGUAGUUUUUUCUAGUUAAAAACGAAGCUUUCUUCUAACCAAUGUUUGGUUUGAACACUGUAGGCCCGUACUAGACAUGGUUCUAUUGGAUAUGGUAUUUGAACUCUGAAUAAUGUGCAACUUGGCCUUUGUCAUAUUAACAAAUCAUUGACAGAGGUGAAAGAAACAAGACUUGACAGAAUAGGUCUGAGGAUUGAAUCGUGGAUUUUUGGACAUAGUUCUAGUUUUGUACAUCGAAGAACAGAAGUCUCCCAUCUGCAGCUGUGGUAACACUAACCAUUGGAUGAUUGCCAGGGUAGCUGGGUUAAGCAGAUGGCUCUUUGCAGCAGUGGCAAAAUGUAGGUUAGAGAGGUAAAGGACAGAACAGUGUUGGGAAAGGAGAGAAUUUAUUUGGAAAUAGUAAGAGGAAAGGUUGAUAGCAAGGGAGUGUUGUAUAGGAUGGGUAGAUAUAGGUGUAUGGGAACGAGAUGAGUUUUAGGUCAGAGGGAUGUGGAAACAGAUGAUGUGCUGCAAGGGGAAGUUGUCUCCUGUAGAGCUUGAGGUAGCAAUUGCUGAAGGAGGAGGGGGAGGGGGGCGGGCGGAUUCUUAUGACGUUGUUAUUUAAGCAGCUGUUAGCACUCGGGUUUUGUGGCUUGCAACUUGUCCAGCAACUAGGUUGUUGACCUCGCUUAACUAUUUAUGUGGGAAAGAAAUGGUAGUAUAAAGUAGGUGUUUUGCUAGACAGUGGUAAGAGGCCUCGCUAGUCGUGAGCUGUGACUGAUGCUAGUGAUGUUAGGAGCACAGACCAGGUAAUUGGUGUCUUUAAGUGCAAGGUUCAGUCAGGUGCUAUGUUAGAAUACUGCUCCUUCGUCAGGGAUGAUAGAUCGGUGAAAGUUACGAGAGCUAGUCAUGAAAUUUUAAUUAUUACCUCAGAAAUAAAGUUAUGACAUUAAUUUUCUUUACUAUUUUUGGAUAUAUAUGUGCAGUCCGUGUACACACUGAAAUCCUCACUGUACUGUAGAAUGCUGCUAGAGUAGCCAAAACUGAAUGAUACAGCAUGUCUCCAUCAUUCAUUUGGUUUUGACUCCUCUAGUGGCAUGCUAAAGUACUAUGGUGUGGGGAUUUCGCAUUGUACCAGGGCUGCAGUUAUGUAUCAGAAAACAGACAAAACAUUAAUUACUUAUUUCAUUCUUUCAAAAUAAUAAAAUUUUGAGUAACCAUCAUAAUAGAGAAGAGCAGGUCUCUUAAACCCCAGGACAAGAGGGACACAUUAGUAGUUAGAACAAGCCUAGACCAAAGAAAGAAAGAUUACUGAAGAUGUAAAAUGAUCACCUAAUAUCAAAAUAAAUUACAGGCAAAAAUUGCAGGCAACGCUCAGGCAGAACAAAAGAUGAUGUCAGAAAGGCAGUUAAUUGCACCAAGAGGAAAAUUCAAUCAAGAAAACAGUUGUAUUAUGAGACAGAAUUACUGGUCAGUACCCAUACCUUCAGGCAGGUGCUGGGGGGGGGGGGGGGGGGAUAUACAGUUCUACACACAGAAAAAUUAAAGUACAUGACACUGUAACUCUGUCUUAGGUUUCAGAAUUGUCACUUUCUUCCUCAGGUAGGAAAGAAGAUUGGGAGUAAUGUUAAAAAGGCAAUGCAAGUCACUCAGACUCCAAGAUGAUGGAGACACACUAUAAUGAGGAUGAGGGUCAUAGCUAUAGGUAGGUCCCUCUUGUCCUUGGGACUGAGUGAUGUCUCUUCCUUUCUUUUAACUUUCCCCAAACUAUCCUUGCUACUCCUCUCGGAAGAAGCUAGUAGUUCUGAAACUAGGCUAGUGUCAUCUAUUUUUACUUUUAUGUGUGUGUAUCAGCAGUACUAAAAAUGAAACUUGUCACAGAGAGGAGAAGAGCACUCAUUAGUGUGAUUUCAACAAAAGGCCAAUAACACUGUCUUUAUAAACAUAUUUGAAAUGCCGCUGUAUGAAAAGGACCUGGUAAUUCUGUUUCCACAGUUUGUUAGUGUAUUGACACUUUGGUUUUAUGAGUAAUUCAUCAACAGUUAAUUAUUU